UUCCAACUCCACAAACCAUGCUCAAUCUUCUCCUUGAGAUUUCUUCUUGUUUUUCCCUCUCGUCAACUCUACUCCCAUGAACCAACAAUGGCCAUCGGAAAACCUCGUGCUAACAAGAGAUCAUCCGGCGGUGGUUCGUGUUCAUCCACCGUCACAACCAUCGUGCUUGUGUCAGUCUGUGCUUUAGGUGUCUGGAUACUAACCUCUAACUCCACCGUUUCACCGCAAAAAACCGCCAAUCGGAUCAAUAACGACUCCUCGUUUGAUUCCGGACGACAUUCCGUAAAGCGGCAUCGUAAAGUCCCCUUUGAUGCUAUGAUUGCUCCUCGAGAAAAACUUGUUGAUCUACCGAUUAAUACUAGCGAUUCUGAAGACACACACUAUGGUUUCCCUACAGAUGUCGUCGAGCAUGAUGAUGGAUUGAAAGCAGGUAAUGAUCCGGCUACGAUUCGAGAAACGAGUCGGGAUGAUAAGGUGGAGAAGGAUGAAAAUUCAGGUGGUAGUGGGUUAACUGAAACCGAAGCUGAAAUAAAGCCCGAAAGCACGAGUGAUGUCGAUGAUGAUGCCGAGAGUUUGAACGACAGUGAUGUCGGGAAACAAGAGGCUGAGGAACACCAAGAAGAGGCGAGAGAAGAACAAGAAAUGGAAAUAUCGACUUCGGUAAUCGAAGACGAGCAGCACGGAUCAGAAGAGGAAGUGCAGAAAACGCAAAAGAUUCAAGACUCGGAGGAUAAUACAGAUUAUCAACAUUCGGAAGAAACCACGGAAAACGAAUACGACCAACAAAGUGAUACAGAGGAUAAACAAACAGAAUCCGGUGGCGAAGAUGACAUACAGGAAUUGGAAGACAACCAAGAACAAGAAAUCACAGAUGAAGAACAAGAAAAAAGAAUGGAGAAUCAACAAGAAGAAGAAGAAGACGAGGAAGAAAAAGAAGCAACUCCACGUGAAGAUGAUGGACCGAUAGAAUCUCACUCAAUAGCGGCCGAAACACGAGCGCAAGUCGAAAGUCGAGAAGCACGAGACAUUAGAAAGAAAAUGGAACAAGCUAAGAUAUCGAUACAAUCCACAAUAGCCAACACAACUACACCUAAGAAACCUUCUAAAACAGUGAAUUCAACCAUGGUUAAAAAGCAUUCUUCCGGGGUACCAAAUGAGUCCGAGAACCAAACGCAAGUCGAUAUUAAGGUGACAGCUGAUGUAGAUAUGUACGGAUACAAAUGGGAGUUAUGCAAUGUGAGCACUGGAACAGAUUACAUACCUUGUUUGGAUAACGAGAUAGCAAUCAGAAAUUUGCAUCAUUGGAGUCCCUACGAGCACCAGGAGAGACAUUGCCCGAAGGAGGCUCCGAUGUGCCUUGUUCCUCUUCCAAAGGGUUAUAAGACACCUAUUCCAUGGCCUGAAAGUAGAGAUAAAAUAUGGUUCCAUAAUGUGCCAGAAAAGACCUUAUUCGAUGGAAAGGGGAGCCAGAACUGGGUGAAGGUGGCAGGGGAAUUCGUCACUUUCCCUAGAGGUGGAGCUCAGUUUAUGCAUGGUGCUCUCCAUUAUAUCGACUUUCUACAAGAGGCAGUACCUGAGAUUGCAUGGGGGAAGCACACUAGGGUAGUUCUGGAUAUAGGGUGUGGUGUGGCUAGUUUUGGAGGUUACCUCUUCGAUAGAGAUGUCUUAACAAUGUCGUUCGCCCCCAAAGAUGAACAUGAAGCUCAAACCCAAUUCGCUCUGGAAAGAGGGAUACCAGCAGUUUCCGCUGUCAUGGGCACUCAGCGCCUUCCAUUUCCAAGCAGAGUUUUUGAUCUAGUACAUUGUGUUCGUUGUAAAGUACCUUGGCACAAAGAAGGUGGCAUCCUUCUUUUGGAGCUUAACCGUGUGCUCCGCCCAGGAGGUUACUUUGUUUGGUCAGCACCACCUGUUUAUCGAACACUUGAAGAGGAUGUCCAGAUAUGGAAAGAGAUGUCUGCUCUAACGGUGGCAAUGUGUUGGGAGCUUGUCACCAUCAAGAAAGACAAAUUGAAUGUAAUAGGAGUCGCAGUCUACCGUAAACCAGAUUUGAAUGAAUGCUACAAUGAAAGAAAGAAACAACAACCUCCCAUAUGUAGACCAGAUGAUGAUCCCGAUGCUGCUUGGUAUGUGCCUCUACAGGCAUGUAUGCAUAAGAUGCCAAUGAUGGACACAGAAAGAGGUUCACAUUGGCCUGAGGAAUGGCCAGAACGAGUUCAAAAACCUCCGUACUGGUUAAAUAAAUCUCAAAUAGGAAUUUACGGAAAAGCAGCUCCAAACGACUUUAACGCAGAUUAUGAACAUUGGAAAUCGGUGGUUAGCAAAUCAUACAUGAGUGAUCUAGGGAUUAACUGGUCAAAUAUACGAAAUGUUAUGGACAUGAGAGCUGUUUAUGGUGGGUUUGCUGCAGCACUUAAGGACCUGAAAUUAUGGGUACUAAAUGUGGUGAACAUGGAUUCUCCUGAUACACUACCAAUAAUAUUUGAGAGAGGUCUUUUUGGGAUUUACCAUGAUUGGUGCGAGUCUUUUAGCACAUAUCCUCGGACUUACGAUCUUCUCCAUGCAGAUCAUUUGUUCUCCAAUUUGAAAAAUAGGUGCAAGAUUGCACCUGUAGUGGCAGAGAUUGACAGAAUUUUGAGACCGGGAGGGAACUUGAUCGCGUGGGAUGAGUCCAGCAUGAUAAGAGAAAUUGAGAAAUUUCUCAAGUCAUUGCAUUGGGAAGUAAAUUCAACAUUAACAAAUAACCAAGAAGGAAUAAUCAGUGCUCAAAAAACAACAUGGAGGCCAAGCACAUAUGCAGCAACUUCUUGAUCCUGACAAGUUAUUACAAGG